AUAAAAGCUUGGAUAGAUCUGGUUAUAUGUUGCAUAUUGGUAUUUAUAUGGUUUUUCAGUCAACGAAGUAACCAUGGGAAUAUAGUCCGAUGGAUAGUAAAGAUAAUACCAUCUCCAGCUACAAUAGCUAUUCGUCAGGAUUGACCCAGAUGUCAGCAUCCACUAGUUCUUCAUCUACAGCAAACGAACAAAAUGAAUUUACCAAAGUAAAAUCACAUGCUAGAAAUGGCAAUGUUAGCGAGGUUAAAGAAGAUGUACCGGUAUAUGUACCUUUGGCAGAUCUAAGGGGUACGACAAUACACGAACAACACCAGGGGCAUCGAGACUUUGUCCGAAGAAAACACUCUGUACAGUCUAUCGGGAGUAGAAAAAUAUCCUCCAAUUCUAUAUCCAGUGUUGUCAGUCGGAAAAAGAAAAUUUCAAAUUCUGAAUACAGCAUUGCAAAACGCAAACUAUCAGAGAAAUUAACACACGUGACAGUCUCGGAUGAUGAUGAAGAAGAUGAUAUACUGGAACCACCUCCAAAGACAAUACUCCAGUCGCUAUAUCAACC